AUGGCCAACACGUCAGAGGCCCAACCGGGCUCGCCUUCUGUUGCAACCUCACCUCCGGCAGCAGCUGCUGAAACCUCAACAGCGGCCUUACCCAAUGGUCCACAGGGCAGCUUACCGGUCAACCCUCCGGCCUCCGCCUCGGUUGAAACAUCGGAUGCAUUGGAGGCGGAGGACCCAGCUACUGUCUGUGACCGGGAAACUGAUGACGGCGCUUCCAUCGAUGACCAGAUCUCCUCGUACACGGCUUCACUGGCAUCGAGUGCUGUUGACUAUCCCACCGAGUUUGGUCGACGCUACCAUGCUUUUCGCCCCGGAGCUUACUUCUUGCCAAACGACGACAAAGAGAUGGCCCGCCUUGACAUGUCACACAACCUUACACUCGAGAUGCUGGGACAUAGACUUUACCUGGCACCCCUUGAGAAGGAAAACGUCCACAAAAUCUUGGACAUUGGAACCGGGACCGGAAUUUGGGCCAUGGAAAUGGGUGACCUCUUUCCCAAUGCAGAAGUUUACGGCAACGACUUGAGUCCUAUUCAGCCAGAAUGGGUUCCCCCCAAUGUCAAGUUCGAGAUCGACGACGUUGAAAGCGAAUGGAUCGGCGACCGAAAGUAUGAUUUCAUAUUCUGCCGUUACAUGAUCGGUUCGAUCGCCGACUACCCCAAGCUGAUCAAGAACGUUUACGACAACCUCAACCCCGGAGGCUGGGCCGAGUUCACGGAUAUGAGCGGCAAAUACUACUCUGCUGAUGGCACUUUGAAAGAGGAACACGCCACCUUCAAGUGGAACUCGAUGCUCAUGGACACCCUCGCCUCCACGGGCCGUGAUUGCCGCCCAGGUCCUCAGCUCGAGGGAUGGGUCCGGGAAGCCGCCAACUUUGAGAACGUGACUCACAAGAAGUUCAUCCUUCCGAUCGGUCCCUGGCCGAAGGAUCCGCACUACCGGGAAUUAGGGUUGGGAAACCUGGCCCAAAUCUUGGAAGGACUCGAUGGGUUUUCCAUGAGGGUAAUUUGUGGUUUGCUGGGGUGGACGAAAGUUGAGGCCGAGGUUCUGCUUGCUGAGGUGCGGAAAGAAUUGAAGACGGUUCAUAAGUUCCAUGCUCAGUUUGACAUCCAUAGCGUGGUUGCUCAAAAGCCUGUAGAGGAAACUGCUUGA